CUGUUGAGCCAGCUCUCCAGCUUGUGUUUAAACAGUUUCAAGUGUUUCUUAUUUUAAGCAACCCGGCUUCCGUGCACAAACCUUUGUGAACCUGUUCCAAAGGACUUAACUCUAGUACAACUUUUCCUUUAGUCUGUGCUGGCCCUGCCCUGCGUACCCCUGGGAGUGCUCCCGAGCCUCCCGUGCAUUCCAUUAGUCAUGUAGUACUAGAGCACAGAGCCUUUCAUUGGAAAUGAGUUAUGGGAAUGCUAUGAGAUGUUUACAUUCGUGUAAGAUAGACUUUUGAUGGAGACUGUCUAAGUACAUUGAAUUGGAAAAUAAUAACCAGCCCUCUUUCUUCCGUCAGCCUAUGUACAAGCUACAAGGUGGGCACAGCACCUCAUUCUGUGAUGCAGAGUCUGUUCCCCAUUGCUAGAAGCCAGGGCUUUUCUACAUUUGAGUUUUAUCCUGCAUGGGAUGUGAUCUUUGAGGUACAAAUGCCUGCUUCUCUAUGGUUAUCAGGGUCUCUGGAAGACUGAAGGUUGCUGAAGCUGGUUAUAUUAAUAGCUUGCUAAGUUCAGUAAAUAUGAGAUUUUCAGAUUUGAUCUUCUCACUGGUUAUUAUUUUAGUACCCUCUUUAGAGUUACAGAAUUUCCAUGGCACUUUGACAAAGACAGAAUGACUCUCAGUGGUCCUCACAAGAGGGUAGAGGGUGACAUUCUAUCCCCACACAAGUGUUAUGUACAACAGUAUCAGGACCUCCUCAGCCUCUGAACCAAGUCUAGACCGUGCUAAGACCAUCUCAGAGUUCAUGAGAAAAAAAAUGCACAAAAGGGGUAAGACUAUAAACUAUCGGUAGUUAGACAAUAAUAAGGAGAAGUGGCCACAAGAUUCCAUCUGGAUCUGAUUGUUACACAGAGGUGGGACCUGCUGUAUUAGACUGAAGACACUGAACUUAGCAAGAGGGUUUGAUCCUGCGGUUUCCCUAUGAGAGUUACAUCCCAAGGAGCUUCAACAUGGCAGACGAUGAUCCAUACGGAACUGGGCAAAUGUUUCAUUUGAACACUGCUUUGACUCAUUCAAUAUUUAAUGCAGAAUUAUAUCCACCAGAAAUACCACUAUCAACGGAUGGCCCAUACCUUCAAAUAUUAGAGCAACCAAAGCAGAGGGGAUUUCGAUUCCGCUAUGUGUGUGAAGGCCCAUCCCACGGAGGGCUUCCGGGAGCCUCUAGCGAGAAGAACAAGAAAUCCUACCCACAGGUCAAAAUUUGCAACUAUGUGGGACCUGCAAAAGUUAUCGUUCAGUUGGUCACAAACGGAAAAAACAUCCACCUGCAUGCCCACAGCCUGGUGGGCAAACACUGUGAGGAUGGCAUCUGCACCGUAACGGCAGGACCCAAGGACAUGGUGGUCGGCUUUGCAAACCUGGGAAUCCUUCAUGUGACUAAGAAAAAGGUAUUUGAAACACUGGAAGCACGGAUGACAGAGGCGUGUAUUAGGGGCUACAAUCCUGGACUUCUGGUGCAUUCUGACCUUGCCUAUCUACAAGCAGAAGGCUUAGGAGAACGGCAGCUCACAGACAGAGAGAAGGAGAUCAUCCGCCAGGCAGCUCUGCAGCAGACUAAGGAGAUGGACCUGAGUGUGGUGCGCCUCAUGUUCACAGCCUUCCUCCCCGACAGCACUGGCAGCUUCACUCGGAGACUGGAGCCUGUGGUGUCAGAUGCCAUCUAUGACAGCAAAGCCCCGAAUGCAUCCAACUUGAAAAUCGUGAGAAUGGACAGAACAGCAGGCUGUGUGACGGGAGGGGAAGAGAUUUAUCUUCUCUGUGACAAGGUUCAGAAAGAUGACAUCCAGAUUCGGUUUUAUGAAGAGGAAGAAAAUGGUGGCGUUUGGGAAGGAUUUGGGGACUUUUCCCCCACGGAUGUUCAUAGACAGUUUGCCAUUGUCUUCAAAACGCCGAAGUAUAAGGAUGUCAACAUUACAAAACCAGCUUCCGUGUUUGUUCAGCUUCGGAGAAAAUCGGAUUUGGAAACUAGUGAACCGAAACCCUUUCUCUACUACCCUGAAAUCAAAGACAAAGAGGAAGUACAGAGGAAACGCCAGAAGCUCAUGCCCAACUUCUCGGACAGUUUCGGUGGCGGCAGUGGAGCGGGAGCCGGUGGUGGAGGCAUGUUCGGUAGUGGCGGUGGCGGAGGGAGUACCGGAAGUCCUGGCCCAGGAUAUGGCUUCCCUCAUUACGGAUUUCCUGCUUACGGUGGGAUUACAUUCCAUCCUGGAGCCACUAAAUCCAACGCAGGGAUCACCCAUGGCAUCAUAAACACCACAUUUAAAAGUGACCCUAAAGGCUGUGCCAGAAGCGAUGACAGGGAGAUUCUGAAUCUCCCUGAGAAGGAAACAGAAGAGGAGGGGCCCAGCCCGCCUGUGGCCUGCACCAAGACCGAAACAAUUGCCCUGGCAUCCACCAUGGACGACACCAAGGAACAGGAUGUGGGGUUUCAGGAUAACCUCUUCCUUGAGAAAGCUCUGCAGCUCGCCAAGCGGCACGCCAACGCCCUUUUCGACUAUGCGGUGACGGGAGACGUGAAGAUGUUGCUGGCUGUGCAGCGCCAUCUCACCGCGGUGCAGGAUGAGAAUGGAGACAGUGUCUUACACUUAGCCAUCAUCCACCUUCAUGCUCAGCUCGUGAGGGAUCUGCUGGAAGUCACAUCUGGUUUGCUCUCUGACGACAUCAUCAACAUGAGAAAUGAUCUGUAUCAGACACCUUUGCACUUGGCAGUGAUCACCAAGCAGGAAGAUGUGGUGGAGGACUUGCUGAGGGUUGGGGCUGACCUGAGCCUCCUGGACCGCUGGGGCAACUCUGUCCUGCACCUCGCUGCCAAAGAAGGCCACGAUAAAAUCCUCAGCAUCCUACUGAAGAACAGAAAAGCAGCACUCCUCAUUGACCACCCCAAUGGGGAAGGUCUAAAUGCCAUCCACAUAGCUGUGAUGAGCAAUAGCCUGCCGUGUCUGCUGCUGCUGGUGGCUGCUGGGGCGGAAGUCAAUGCGCAGGAGCAGAAGUCUGGGCGCACAGCACUGCACCUGGCUGUGGAGUGCGACAACAUCUCAUUGGCUGGCUGCCUGCUUCUGGAGGGUGAUGCCCACGUGGACAGUACUACCUAUGAUGGGACCACACCUCUGCAUAUAGCGGCUGGAAGAGGGUCCACCAGACUGGCAGCUCUUCUCAAAGCGGCAGGAGCAGACCCCCUGGUGGAGAACUUUGAGCCUCUCUACGACCUGGACGAUCCUUGGGAGAAGGCUGGAGAAGAUGAGGGAGUGGUACCAGGCACCACACCUCUAGACAUGGCUGCCAACUGGCAGGUAUUUGACAUACUAAAUGGGAAACCAUAUGAGCGAGUGUUCACAUCUGAUGAUAUCCUACCACAAGGAGACAUGAAGCAGCUGACAGAAGAGGCGAGGCUGCAACUCUGCAAGCUGCUGGAAAUUCCAGAUCCAGACAAAAACUGGGCCACUCUGGCACAGAAGUUAGGUCUGGGGAUCUUGAACAAUGCCUUCCGGCUGAGUCCUGCUCCUUCUAAAACUCUCAUGGACAACUAUGAGGUCUCUGGGGGUACCAUCAAAGAGCUGAUGGAGGCCCUGCAACAGAUGGGCUACACAGAGGCCAUUGACGUGAUCCAGGCAGCCUUCCGCACCCCGGCAACCACAGCCUCCAGCCCCGUGACCACUGCUCAGGCCCACUGUCUGCCUCUCUCAUCUUCCUCCACAAGGCAGCACAUAGAUGAACUCCGGGAUAGUGACAGCGUCUGUGACAGUGGUGUGGAGACGUCCUUCCGCAAACUCAGCUUUACAGAGUCUCUCACUGGAGACAACCCACUGCUAUCUCUGAACAAAAUGCCCCACAGUCAUGGGCAGGAAGGACCUAUAGAAGGCAAAAUUUAGCCUGCUGGCACAGCAGUGGUUUUCCCACACUGUAAACCAAAGCCCUGAGAGUCCAUUGCAUCCUUCCAGAGGAGGACGUCAAAGCGCAGCCAAAGGUGCUGGAGGACCACCGGCCUGCAGGCUCAGUCUUGAUUUCAUUCGAGGCCUUCUGAAUUUGGCUUCCUUUCUUGGUUCUGAAAUGAAAUUUAGUUGUCAUAUACAGAUGGUGUCUAGCAAUCACAGCGCUCAGCUGCACUCUAUGUGGCUUGGGUGUGGCGUCUUGAGCUUUUCCAGCUGCUACUCGAUUACACGUGCUUUGUGUCGUUACUGCUGUCCCUCUGCUGGGUUCCCGCUGUCAUGCUGUCCCCACCUGGUGUUCUUUCUAGCCAUCUACAGUACAGUUGUGUAUUCAAAUUAAGAUUAAGGAAAAAGAUAUUUUUAAAUGAGUAACUUGAUGCGCAAUAAAAAAAAAGACAUUGCUUUUUCUAAUAUGGUUUAUCUAUGAUUUAAAAAAAACAUGAACUUAACAUAUUUAAAACAUGCUACAAUCAGUGCUGAAAAUAGUAUUUUCCCCAUUUUCUGCAUUUUACUAUUGUAAAUAUGUUUUCUAAAUCAAAUACUUUAAAAGAAAAAAUGUUGGAUUUAUAAAUGCUAUUUUUUAUUUUACUUUUAUAAUAAAAGUACAAGCACAUUGUUGACCUCA